AGCAAGGAGAGGGCAGAAAGCGGAGAGAUCGGUCUGGGUUUUAUUAUGCUCAAUUUGAUUAAAAAUAGCGAGUCAAACCGGUCGGACCCAUGGUGAAGAGAAAGAAGACGUCGCCUACUACCGAAGAGCAUGAAAAUGGCAUGACACCGGGCUCCAGGGAGGGGAUCGGUGUCGAUGGGAGGAGGAAUCCGUCCAGAAAGCCCGAAGGUUGCGACGAGGAGGAGAGCGGAGAGCAGGCGAGCGAGGAGCGCAGUACAAAGGGAGACGACGGAGUGGAAAUUCUUAAUCCAUCAACCACGGGUCUCAGCCCCGGUUCAGCUUCGGUCCUCUCCUCCUCUCCACCGAACCGAACCGGGCACAGCUCGACCCAGCAGCCACAGACCUCAGCGGAGUCCACCCCUCCGUGUCACGACCAGCAUCAUUUUCUACGAUCAAGCGUUAGACCUCCGAGUAAACGGAUCCGGAAGGAUUCAAUCGGCUCGACCAUCAAUGGACAUGGCGGGGCAAAAUCGAAAGGUACCGCAGGCACAGAGAAUGGCUCUUCCUCCCAGGGGGCAGUGGGACAGUCGGGGCCUGUGGCCGGCUCCACAGGAGUGUCUAAGGCAUCGAAGGGCCAGGGGUCUGUUGAGAAGGAGGAGCAAGCUGGUAACCAGAAGAGGGCUCGUCGCCAGUGGGAGUCUUGGAGUGCCGAGGACAAAAACAGCUUUUUUGAGGGUCUUUAUGAGUAUGGGAAAGAUUUUGAGGCUAUCCAGAACAAUAUUGCAAUGAAAUACAAGAAGAGAGGCAAACCAGCCAACAUGGUGAAGAACAAGGAACAGGUUCGCCACUUCUACUAUCGCACCUGGCACAAGAUCUCCAAACACAUCGACUUUGCCAAUGUGUAUUCCCGUGUGCUAAAGAAAUCUUCUCAAGAGCUAUAUGGUCUCAUCUGCUACGCUGAGCUCCGCAAAAAAGUCGGGGGAUUAAUGGAUGAUAAGAAUGUGGCGAAAUUGAAUGAACUCAUCCAACAGGGGGCCACUACGGUGCGCUCCAAAGGGAGGAAUUUACGAAUCAAAGCACCCAUGUGCCGUGCACUGAAAAAACUUUGUGAUCCAGAUGGAGUAAGUGACGAGGAGGACCAGAAGCCAGUGCGUCUUCCACUAAAGGUGGCAGUGGAGCUCCAGCCACGCAGUAACCACUCCUGGGCACGCGUUCAGAGUCUGGCCCACAACCCUCGUCUCAGGAUGGUGGUAGAGCUCCACAGGAAAGUCUCCAGCCUGAUUGAAUAUCUGAAACAGAAGUGGGCGUAUCAUGACCAGAGGAUUCUAAAGAGUCUAAUGGAAAGGGAGGCUCUGGAUAGCAGUCAGUCCAGCAAAGCGUCUCCCAGCAAAUCCCGGCAGGAUGAGCUCUUCCUUUUCCCCGCCGAAAGCAGCACUUUGACCACAUUGCCUGGAGUGGCACGUGUGGUUCACUCCAAGGCCUCCUGCACUGUACACUGGUUAGAAAGUGGAAAGAAUCGACUGAACACUAAGGAACUCCCUGCUGCUCAGAUCCUGGGCAUUCAUGCUGCCCCACCACUUCGUACUGGUUCCAAAUCUGGACGGGGAAAUGCUCCUGCAGGUGGGGGUGCUUCAGUGACUGUACUGGGAGAUAUCCGUCGAACUGAGCCCCUUAACCCUGAGCUGUCACCUGACGGUUCAGCAAAGGUUGAGGAGAAGAAACCUCUGUCUGUUUCUAUCCCUGCCUCCUUGCAGCAGACUGUGGCUUCUAGAGAAGAAGGGAAUGGCUUUGGACUCUCUGAGGGGGGCAAGACCUGCAGCACAGAAGUCAGUGGUGGUGUAACAGUGACCAAAAGCACCGACAAGUUGUCUGGUGGUGCAGAGAACUUAUUGGAGCAGUGUAGAGAAGACCAGAACAUCAUCACCUCUUCCCCAGAGGCCAAUCAGACUCCUCCUUGUAAGCCUUCAUUGAUGGGCACAGACGAGGGGGGGCCACAGGGCUCCACCUCAGCAGCCAAAGAGCGGACUGUCGAGCACAUCAGAGAGGAGGGCUGGAGCGCCCGUGACUCUGAGAAUGUCACUCUUGCUGAACUUUACCUGAUGUUUGGAAAGCCUGGCAAACUGCAGCUGGAGUAUGAAUGGCAGCCCAUCGCUCCAUCCAACACCCAAGAAAACGGGCAAGCCAUGGAUCCGCCCAAACCCAGCAGGACAAACAGGGUGCUGCGCUGCCUACUCAGGCUGAUCGCCACAGAGGUCAAUCCGAAACCUUUGGCUCCAGAGUUAUGCUCCACAGCAACAUCACCACUGAAGACUCACCAGGAGGAGCAGAACCAGGCCCUCACGCCUCCAGGAAAGGGUCCUGUAGCAGGUGUACGCAGCCCAAGCUUUGGCCGGCAGCAGGCAUCUGUCCGAGGGGCCAGGCUACAUCUGCCGACCGCUGGAGGUCCAGGUGGGCGCAACCUUCCCCGCUCUCUGCUGGGAUCGACGGCAGGCAGCGACUCAGAGGGUGGUGUGUUCGCUGUACCCACAACGUUGCCCCCCAACAGCUCUCGCCACAACAGAAUGUUCUCACCCAACAAAGAGGCUGAGCUGGCCUUAAGACAGCAGCUUGACUCUAUCAGUAUGCAGUCAGAUCUUUUCCUUUCAAGACAGAGAAAACCUCGAAACAGACAACUUCGGAAACCACUUGUAGUUCAACGAACACUGUUACCUCGAACUACAGGAGACACUCCACAGCAUGUCUGCUCCUUUUCCAUUCUCUCAAACUCCUCUGCCACAGGAACUGGAUCCUUCCGGCCAAUCCAGCCCCGUCUGGCUCCUUCACCCCGCCCCCUUAUGUCCAAAGCUUCCUCAGCACCUCCCAGCUCUACAGCGGCCAACCCGCUCUCUAGUGCCAUUGACCUGGCAGCCAAGUCUGCAGGCAUCAUCCCCGGCAGCCCCUGUCAGGAGCUGGACUCUUCCACUGUCGAUAACAGCACUGUGCUGGGCAAAGCGCCUGUUGCAGAUGCUCAGCCAGACUCUGAACUUCUCCAGCAUAACGUCCCAGAGAAUGGCCUGCCUCCUCCUUCUCCUGGAGCAACUGGAGGUGGAGACUCACUGCUCUCACCCCCUAGCGUAGCCUCACUCCUCGACAUCUCUCUACCUGGCCCACCUGAGGAGGCUCUGACUCCUGGAGAACCUCAAACACACAUCAGUGACUCUAUCAUUGAUAUCGCCAUCAACUCUGCACAUUAUGGCGAGGAGGCUGCGCUUUCUCCAGCCAAAUUGAGCAACAGUGACGGCUCCAAGCUCUUGGCCUCCUCCCCAUCAGUCAGCCCGUCCCGUGGUUGGAUCCCAUCGCCCAGCCACGACCCCCAGUGGUACCCCAGUGACUCCUCUGACUCCACACUGGGAUGCCUCCUGUCCAGCAUGGUCUCCCCUGAUAAGGGUAGGCGGACCACCCUCACCCCCUCUGGCCCCUCCAGUGGCACAGCUUUGCUCGGCCCUAGCCUCUUGGAUUGCAACUCCCAUGAUUCCUUUCAAUCCCGUGGCCUUCCUGAUGUAGCAGAAAUGGACUCUCAGCUUGCUUGUAUGAUGAGCGAGAGCAGUGUGGACUACAUCGCUCGCUUCAAUGACCUGGCUCAGGAGCUGGCGGUGGCCGAGCCCUCCAUCCCACCUCCCUGAGGAAGAAGCAAGCAACCUGCUCCACCAACCCACGGCCAUCUGGAGGACACGAGGAAAGGCUUCUCCCUUGUCGCCUAAACUGUCCCCACUAUGCCUUUGCUCCUCGGGAGGAAAAGGCUGCUGUGGAGAAAAGACCAACCCCUUAAAGCCAUCCCUGACCCCGUUUGUUAAAGUGCAAUAAUAGCAGUGAACAUUGACCAUUGUUCUAACAUGUUGGUUUCACUGAACUGUUCUUUAAGGUGAAAUGCCCUUUAAAUACAAACACUUAAAAAAAAUAGUGUUUACAAAAAACAACCUCAUGUACAGGAGAAUACUAUGCCAUAUCUGAACAAAAUAUUUUCUCUUUUAUGUCUCUUCCUGCUCUAUAUGUGUGUCUGUCUCAGAUUAACCCCCCCCAGAAUGUGGAAAAAUCCACCAAAAUGUGCAGUUCAGGUCCCAGCCGGUGGCAAACAGCUGCUGUUCGGGAGAUUUAAGAAGGUUUGAUAUGUUCAAUGCAACUCGCCAUAGUUUGUUACUCUCGCCUUGGUUGCAAAAGUAGAGCACAACACAUUAGGACGGCCAAAACCGUGUGCUUGUGUUCAAGAUCACCAUCUUUGGUUCAGGUUUGAUUGGCUCCGUUUUUAUAGAGAAACAUGUUCCCCGUGUUUGUCACAGUCAGAUAUCACAUGUAAAAUGGCAGCUUGCGUUUGUGAAAAUUUGGUAGUUUUAACACACUGUAGUCGCUCUACAGAUGUGAUCAUCUGCAGUGAUUAUCUUUUCAGGGGUUUUAAUGUACGUUGAGAUGAUUCCCAUUGCACAAAGAGGCCGAGAAGAAAUAACCUGUCUCAGAUGAUCCGUUUUAACAUUUUGGUCUCAUUUUACUCGUCACAAUAAUUGGGAAUAAUCAGAUCUAAGUGAAGUGAUGAACACACCUGCUUUUUUUUUUUUUUUUUUCUUAAACUUGUAUCUUGCAGUCCUUAAGUCAAAUAAAGUUGUGCUGUUUUCAGUUAAGGAUUUAGACAUGUUUAACCCAAAAUGUGACAAACCUUUUAUUUAUUACCAGCGACUUAGAUAAAUCAGUAGUUACACUCCAUUUCAAAUCCAGAAGAGUUGGUCAGGUCAGGUGCGUUAUAAAGUCAAACACUAAAGCCAUAAUUAACACUCCUUUGUCUUUUUUUUUUUUUUUUUUAAAUCACUAGUAAAACCACAUUCAGCCCCUUUAUACGAUGAGGUGAAUACAUUCUGUUACAAUGGAUGCAGCGUUUGCCACAUGCACUCGUACCAUGUAGAAGCCCGGAUUCCUUACAUUCACACAUUCUUCAGAUUUCAAUCAGCCAACAUCAGUAUGCAGUAUUGUAACGUUAAACUUCAUCUUCAUCUCCAUGAGUGUAAACUGUGCAAGAGUGCUGCCGUCAUGUCAUAAACAGGAUUUUAAACAUGACAAAAUAAAAACUCUUGUGAUAUAUUUAUUCUUUGGGUGAGAAAUGUGAAAAGGCUUUAUCUUACACUAGAUAGAAAACAAUGAAGAUGAUUCUUAAUAAGGAAUAAACAGCAGGUUUUGUCUUUGCA